ACGAUCGUUCGCACAGGCGGUGUGUAUUUAUUGUCCUUCUGAAGUAGCCCUUGAAACGGUUUUGGGUUUGCAUCGAUAUUGAAACCAAGGUUGCAUGUACAAUAAAACAGCAAGGGGGAUUGUGUCAGCUUUUUAAGAAUGCAUUUACAUAUUAGAAUAUGGAAUGAAUCACAUCAGUGGAGGAAAAGUGCAUGUUAGUUGUGAGUGAGUAAGUUUGAAUGAAACCGAACAACCCCCUCUUCGACCAAUGAGAGCAACAAACGACGGUGUAUGCAUAAAUGCAUCGACUUCAACUUAUCAACCUAACACUCAGAUUGAAUGUGUAACAGUAGAGUGAGUGAUUUAAACGCCAGGAGUAGCUACAGACAUCACCAAUUCUACGCCAAUGAGCUCUGAAAUAGAAAAUUAACUUAAAGACACCAACAUCACCAAUCACCAGCAGCUGAUCUGCAGAAGAACAAGAGAAAACACCACGUGUAGCGAAGGACAACUGCUUCAAAACAUACAGUUACCGCACAUACCGCAUAUAGUGUGCAUGUUUUAGUAGGCUUUUGUUGGGAGUACAAACCACCGGCCAACAUCUAUUGCUCAUGAUAAACAAUCAGAAAACAACGGAAGAGAAAGCAAGAAAAUAGAAAACCAAAAACGAAAAAGAGUAACUAAGCAUUCUCUGUCGUGUUCUCGUUGUCUCUUCUGAAAGGCCACAUCAAGCAAAAGCGCUACAACAAACAUACUAAUCAGUCGAAAAAAUCAUCAAAGAUAACUAACCAGAGAACACUACUGGAAAAAACCUUAUCGAUUACGCAAAGUUACAAAACUUGAACGCAUUUACACAGUUGUAGGCAUUUCAAGAUUGUCAUAUGGCAUUGAAAGCAACGCGCUCGGAACAACUGGGACUGCUGGUGUUGGUGGUUCUAGUGAAGUUAGGCUGUUGUAAUCAGUUGGCAGAUCGUGUAGGAGCCAUUAUUUUCCCGGAAGAGCUGACUGACCAAUAUGAUCCACUAACACAAACAUAUCGUAUUGACACUUUGGCGAAAGAAAAGCGCGAAUCCCCUAUCGGACCACCAGAGAUCGAGGCGAAUGAGUAUGUUGUCGACAGUGGGCCGCAGGACGAUAGUCCGCCUCAACAUGACGGGGACUUCAAAGAACUACCGAUUAGUUACGCGAAGCAACUAUUGGAAUUAAGGUCAUCCUCCGAUUUACUGAGCCUGCUGGAUCCAGAUUCGUUCGAUCAGCGUAUAUUCAUGAACUUAGGAGAGUACACUGGACGGGACGUUGGAGUUAAUCCGGUUCCGGCUUCCUGCGAGCCGGAAUCGCAACUUGUAAGUCUCCGACCGGAAAACCUAACCGGAACUCGCUACUACUUUUACCCAACGUGUACACGAGUGAAGCUUUGCAGCGGUUGCUGCAACACCAACCAGCUCGUCUGUGAAGCGGUAGCCAAACAUACAAUCCUGUACAAGGUAAUAAUUUUGGAGUACCGACCGAAUGAGAAAGAUCGCUUCUCUCACCUGGAGUUGGUACCGAUCGAGGAGCAUGUCAAGUGCAAGUGUCAAUGCCGCAUCAAAGAGACGCAUUGCAACGAGCAGCAGGUUUACAAUCCGUCCAACUGUCGAUGUGAGUGCAAUAAUAGGGAGGAGCGCAACCGCUGCCUCCAGGAGCGCCAACUGAAGCAGUGGAACCCGGCCACGUGUAGUUGUGACUGCCUACCGCGCCCCGAGGAAUGCACUAGCGGAUCACUUUACGAUCCUAGUGCUUGCAAGUGUUUACCGCUGUUCACUAGUCGCUGAAUUCACACUUUUCAUAAUUCACACCUAUUAUAAGCCUUUCGUUCCAAUAGCACGAGUCACACUAGCAACUACAUCUUAACGUGUAUAAAACAGAAUAAGAAGGACAGGAACAACAAGGACCAGGGUAUCUAUGGAGGAGACCCAACGAUGGUAACUGUUAGAGGUAUAACUCUAGGAGUAUCCUGUGACCUGAAUUCUAUUAGAUAUCCUAGCAAUUUAUUCCUGUCAUUAAAUGAAAUACUAAACAAAACUUUAUCCGAUUAUCCGUUACUUCCGUCUUGAAAAAAGGAAAGAUAACGUUAGUGAAUAAUUUGAAUAACUGUGUUUUCUUUUCAUGUUCACGUUUUCACGUUCACCUAACACCUCUUUUGUAUAUACAUAUGAAUAAUUUCAAAAUACUCUUCACUUGCGUACUUUUUGACACCCAAUUUAUGUUUGUCAUAAUGCUAUUACAGUGAACACGCUGCUCUCUUCAAAUAAAUAGUCUUCUUCCUAAUUCUAUUCACUACUGUUUGUUUCUCUUGUAUUUUCACACUUUGCAAACAAUAGUACUAAACGAAAGGUUAGUAGCGAGUUUUUCCUCUUCUUCUCACCUUUAUUUUAAGAGAAACGCUUGUUAGGGAAAAUAUGCUUUCUGACUUAUCCAGAGAUCGUUGUCGGAGUAUCCAUGCCUUGUCAUAUCAAGUAACUAAUCACAGAUUGUGGAAUAAGUUGAAUAACAUUCCGAUUAAAAGCUAGCUCUCGUAUGAUUCUCGUGACUAAACAGUAGAAGUUUGACCUUUUCUUUUUGUUGCAUUUGUGCCUUAGACAAAAUAUAUAUAUAAACGGCUUUCUUUGUUUUGCUAAUUUUCAUCACUAUUUCUUUCAUUCUGGGUGCGCUGCGGGUG